AUGCAGCUGAUUACUGUAGAUUCGUUUACCAAUACAACGGAGUUAUGCAAAGGUGCUACGGAAAUAGCAUCAGAUAAAGAUUUAUUAUGGAUAAUGUCCUCUAGUAGGAAGCGGGCCUUCAUGAAGAGCCCGGCUGGAAGUAGUAACGGGAAUGCUUCCCCUCCGGCUAAGAGUAAGCCACCAACAGGGGCGGCUUUUCACGGCGCAGAUUCGGAGGGAGGCCUCUGUGAUUGUGGGGAAAUUGUAGGUGGUACUUUGCUUCUUCAGAUCCCUCAAUAA